AUCACUACUGACUUUCACCCAACGUGAACGGGUUUCCUCCCCGAGAGAGAUCAAAACUGGGAAGCAGCCAACAACAUGUCAGCUUUUGCCCUGAGAAGAACAUCCCCUUCUGGAAAUGAUACAAAGAAUCCCACUCAUGGAAUCACACUAAAGCCGCAGGGUUUCCACGACAUUAACAAGAGAAGAACUUUCUUGCAGGAUAACAGCUGGAUAAAGAAAAGAUCAGAGGAGGAAAAAGAUGGAAACGCCAGUAGAGCUGUGCUUCACCGUCAUGGCUCACAUGAUGCCUUAGACAGGACCGGAAAUGAAAGAGAUGAACAGAGAGUGGCGUUAAGUCGGUACAGAUCGGAUGACACCUUAGAUAGGAUUUCAGACAGAAAUGAUUCCGGUAAAGCCAGUAAGGUGGAGGCCAUGGAUAGUCGACUAAACAAUAGGAGCAUGUCCACUUUUAAAGCACUGGAAGGAGGGAAGCCGCAGCCUGAGAAGACGUUCAACAGUCCUGCCAACUCCACAAGUGCUCGCCCCUCCAACGCUCCCAGCACAAACGCUCCGACGACCAGUGCUCGCAUUACCAGUGCUCCCACCACCGCGGCCCCCACAGCUAGCUACCGGACCACUACCCUUGCCGCCGCCAAUACGACCACCACUACAACCCCAGUGAAGAAAAAGAGACAGUCCUGGUUUCCACCACCCCCUCCAGGCUACACUGCCACCUCAAACACUGUGGAGAACAAAAGGGAGCCGGCUGUCCUACCACAAAUAUCGCCAAAGCCCGACCCUUCAGUUUCAUCUCCUACAUUACCGCAGCGUGAUAAUCGGCAGAUAUGCCCACCUAAACCAGCCAUACACAGUGAAAGAAGCAGAAGCUCUGAGAGAAGCAUAAGCAACCAAGAUCUUGGCAGUCUCAUCAAAGUGGACCCAAAGGCAAACAGGAGUGACAAUGAGAGUCAAGACCUCAAUGAUCUCAUCAAAGUGAACCCCCAGAAGGACAAAGAUGGAAAAGGAAGUCAAGACCUCAAUGAUCUCAUCAAAGUGAACCCCCAGAAGGACAAAGAUGGAAAAGGGAGUCAAGACCUCAAUGAUCUCAUCAAAGUGAACCCCCAGAAGGACAAAGAUGGAAAAGGGAGUCAAGACCUCAAUGAUCUCAUCAAAGUGAACCCCCAGAAGGACAAAGGUGGAAAAGGGAGUCAAGACCUCAAUGAUCUCAUCAAAGUGAAUGCCCAGAAGGACAAAGAUGGAAAGGGGAGUCAAGACCUCAAUGAUCUCAUCAAAGUGAACCCCCAGAAGGACAAAGAUGGAAAAGGGAGUCAAGACCUCAAUGAUCUCAUCAAAGUGAACCCCCAGAAGGACAAAGAUGGAAAAGGAGAUAAGGGAAUUGACAGUCUCAUUAAAGUGGAUGCCAGAACAGACAAAAGUGAGAAAGGAGAUAAGGGAAUUGACAGUCUCAUUAAAGUGGAUGCCAGAACAGACAAAAGUGAGAAAGGAAACCAAGAUCUUGACAGUUUCAUCGAAGUGGACCCAACGGCAAAGAGAAAUGACCGUGGAAGUCAAGAUCUCAAUAAUCUCAUCAAAGUGAACCCCCAGGAAGACAAAGAUGGCAAAAGAAGUAAAGGUCUUGAUCCUCUCAUUAAAGUGAAUCCCAAGAGAGAUGGAGAUGGCACAGGAAACCAAGAUCUAAGCAGUCUCAUUCAAGUGAGUCCCCAGAAAGACCAAGAGGGUAACAGGAAACAAGAGCUCGACACUCUCAUCAAAGUUGAUCCUCAAAAGGACAAAGAUGGCAAAGGCGGCCAUGAUUUGGAUGAGCUCAUCAAAGUGAAUCCCAACGAUAAUAAAAAUAGCACUGGCCAAGACCUUGACAGUGUCAUCCAAGUGAAUCCCCAAACUGGAAAAAAUGACAGCGGCCACAGUCUUGACGAUGUCAUUAAGGUGACUCUGCCACCGAAGAAAAAUGAUAACAGAGGUCAAGACCUGGACAAUCUCAUCAAAGUGAACCGCACAACAAACCAAAAUACUACAGGCCCAGGCCUUGAGGAAGUCAUCAGAGUCAACCCUCAGGCUAUGAAGAGGACAACCGGCCCAGGCCUUGAGGACCUCAUCAGGGUCAACCCCCAGGCUAUGAAGAGGACAACUAGGUACCGGGAUUCUGGCAGUCUCAUUCAAGUGUCCAACACAAUAAAUAAAAAUGACAAGCGAAGCCAGGACCUGGAUAAUCUCAUUCAAGUAAGCCCUGCAGCCCUCCAAAGUCUUAGAAGAGACCAAGAACUUGACAAUCUCACUGAAGUGAAUCCUAGCCUGUACAAUAAUCCAAAGCGGAGCCAAAGCCUUAAUAAUCUUAUUGAUGUCAACCCCGUUACGGAUCUGACUGGUAAAUGGGCUGAGGAACAUAAUAAAGAACUGAAUAAUCGGUCCAGUGGAAACACAGCUCGCCCUUCUGAGACCAGAAGAGAAACUAGCUCUAAUACUACAACCAGGUUCUCAAGUCCAAAGGACACUGUUGUGUACACAAGAUCAUUUGUGAAGAAUAGCAAAUCACCAAAAGUCGGGGCGGAGGAAAGCAGUUCUGGAAGAGCUAUCCAAACGGUCUAUUCAACAUCAGAUUGGUCCAUCGUGGAAAGAGAUAUGUGUACCUACUGCCGAAAACCCCUAGGCACAGAGACAAAAAUGAUCUUAGGUGACUUACAGAUUUGUUGUCAUUCGACCUGUUUCAAGUGUGAAAUAUGCACGCGACCUCUCCAAGAUUUGAAAGCCGGAGACAGCAUUUGGAUUUACAAGCAGACUGUCCAUUGCGACCCUUGCUACUCAAAGGUGAAAGCCAAGUGGAUUCUGUAGUUCCACCUUACAGAAACCAGGAUGAAGAACAUUUUGAAGAUUAAGUUUAAAAGGGUUUUUUCACAGAAGCUGGAAACUAUCUUGUGCGAAAUUUAUGAUUAUUGUGCUCUGGAUCAAAUAGUCUUAAUUGCAUGUAAUGAUAAACUAAUCACUUGAUGGGCAAUAUUUCACAUAAGGCAAACUUCGCAGGCUUUCCCUUGGAUUCCACCAAUGUUGCAAGGGUACCAGUAAGAUGCUCGGGGAAUCGAGUCUUUGAUCUGGAGCCAAUUAUUGCCCGGUGGCUGGCAGUUGUAUUUAUCUCCGGUGAUUUCCUACCGUUUGCACUUCUCUCAAUCCUAGCCUUAGAGAUUCCUGUAAUUCACAUGGUGGAUUAAAAUGAAAAAUUUUAUUCAGAUGGUGGAAGCAUAUAUUCGGCAAGAUCUUGGAAAAGGAUUUUGAUAGGUGAUUUUCAAUAAAGCAAAGAUGCAAAAUAUAAAAUAUGAACAAAGGAAUUAUUCUACCAAGCACCUAAAGAAGAGCUUUUACUAUUGAAUGUAAUCAACUAAAAUAUGCAAAGAAAUACCUUUGGUGUUCUAGCUUUAUCAUGGAUACACUGUCACAGAAAAUCAGAAACAGAAAAGGAAAUAUUAAGGAGUUUGGAUGAAGACAAAAGACAAAUGAAAUUCUUUGCAUAUAAGAACUUUGUUAUAUUUUUCUUUGCAUGCAUUUCAAAACCUGAGUAAAGUCAUUCACUGAACAAUAAUAAUAAUGUACUACACAAUCACUUUUCUUGGCCUAUGAAAAUAUAGUCUGAUUAUGAAGUAUUUUGUAUUUGCAAAGGGCUUAUAAAAAUAAAUAAACG